GUACGUGAAUGUCUAGCUAAAUAGUCUUAUCGACACGUUGACGUCAGCUGUCGUAUCGCUACCUUAGCUAAUUAACGUUAGCCAUGUUGGAACUUUCCUCAAAUAAUUAUCUUAAUUCGGUUAGCUGACUUAAUCAUUCUAUGCUUUAAGACAGAAAACAUUCCCCGGCAUCUAGCUAAGCUUUAUCUGCUGAUAGCGUAUUGAAUGCGUAGUUAAGUUAUUCUAGCUAGUGGACUGACGUUACUUUGUCUCGGUAGGUAAUGUGGUAUCCUAACUUUAACGUUACAUCUCUUAGCCGAGCUAGCUAACUGACGUUGACGAAAUUAAUGUUAUCCAAUGAUGUUUCCAUGAUGUGCAGGGGAAUGGCAUGGAAUUGUUUUUACAAUCGUACGAUCAUGCAGAGUAUUUGGAUAUGUUGCAGCAGAAUGCAUCAUGGUUUUCUGUUGAAAGAGGCUUCUGCAAGACAGUUGUAACAGAGCACUGUUACGACCUCUUGGUUUUUCAAAGAAGGCACAGAUAAGAUGAAAAUGAUUACCAGAAAGAGAGGAAGAACCUCAAACAGCAUGAAUGAUAUGUUCAAACCUGAUGUCACUGAUGUGGAAAAGGCAUUGCCAGUUCAAGCAGGUCCUCGCAGAGACAUUUCACUGGAGGCCAGCCGUUCUCCCAGCGAGGACAUCGAGUUGUUCAGUUUGGAGGAUUUCAGCUGGGUGCUUGAUAAGGAUCCUCUACCCCCUCUUGGAGACAUUGACCCAUUUUGCGAGGCAGAAGAUGGCAGCUCCACGGAUCAAGACUUCUUGGUGGGUGAUCCUGUGCAUACCUCGCAGAGAAGAUCAACAGACCAAGCAACAUCGGAUUUCUAUGGUCGUAGGAUAAACAAAAAUGCAAUUGCAGCCCGAAUUAAUCGCCUGAAGAAAAAAGAAUACGUCUGUGGCUUGGAGAAGAAAGUUGGUUCGCUGACGACAGAAAACCAGAUCCUCAAGCAAGAAAAUGGACACUUGAACAAGAGAGUGGAAGAGCUGGAAAAUGAGACUAGGUAUCUGAGAGCUGUUCUGGCCAACGACAGCAUGUUAGGCACACUGUUAUCUAGGCUGAGCGGUGUGAACGGCAUGAAAUUUUCUACUUCAAUUUUCCAGGGUGCAGAGGCGAAUGACCACGACUAUGCCCUACCCAGCAAGAGGGUGAAGGUGGAAGAGGAAGAGACUUCUGGUGGCGUCUGUUUGCACGUGGACAAGGACCAUGUCUCUGUGGAGUUCUGCACUAAAUGUGCAGAAAGUGCAAGCGCGACACAUAAAAUUUUUUUCCUAGGUGCGACCCAGGGUGAGGGGAUUCCUGGGCUCCGUGGUUGCAAUCAAGAUGUGAGAAGACGGCACAAAACGAUGUACGUUCACCACACCUUCCUUGAGAUGCAGAAGCUCAUUAGUUCAUCAGAUAUAAAUAUGACCUAAUUAUGACCCAAAUGAAAUGCAGCACUAGUCUUUUUUUUUUUCCUUUCUUUUUUUUAAAAUACAUUUUGAGUUCUAUAACUUGUAAUGUGUUUGCUACUUGCAAACAGGUAUUUGGGUUCCUUUUAUGUUAUGUGUGUAUAUAUAUAUGUAUAUAUAUAUGCCUGCGGUGAAGACUAAGUAGUCAACAACAUGUUAAAGAUAAUUUAAGUAAGUGAUGUUUCACAGAAGGUGUUUUUGCUUACCCAAUCAGAAAUAUUAUAGUAGGACGACAAUAAGUAAUUGGAAAAAAUAUAUAUUGGUAAGCCAACUCCUUUUGAUGAAAUGUCACUUUUUCCUAUAAGGACUGUUUUCAUUUGGCAAUUUUAUUUUCCCUCUAUGCUAAAGUGGAUAUGCUGUGAGAAGCUGAAGAAACGGGACCAGCUGCAGCCAUCUUGGCCUGGUAUUUGUUAAAGGUAGUAUGUCAGGUGUAAGUUUCAUCUUUGUGGUUAUCCAUUACUCACGUAAAGUGUUUAGUGAUUGAACAUCACACACAUUGUAUGAGACAAACAGUAUGGCAAACCUGUCUACAUUGUGCAAGAGCAACCAAUGAAAAGUAAACCAUCCAUUCGGGUAUUUUUAUAAUCUGACUGUAGAAUGUAACUUAGUUUGUUGGUCUUUGGUGGACAGCCUUCAUAACAUGUGGAGCAGUGACUGGACCAGUUGGCUUUAAAGCUUCAUGGUUGUUUUUUUAUGUGUGAAAUGUACAUAUUUGUUUGGGAAACAAAGAAAAUAAUUAUGUUUAAAGAAUGAUUGUUUGAAAAUAAACUUAAUUUUCAGUA